GACGCCAGUAGUUUCGUGAGACGCGCACAGCACACACGCGGCAAUGAAGACAUUUGUAGUUCUCCUCGCCCUCGUGGCGUGCUCCCAGGCCACACUCGAUUCGCUGUUCGGCGGCAAGGGCAAGGGCGGAGGAGGCGGCGGCCUCGGCGGACUUGGCGAGCUCUUUGAUCUUGAGGGUCUGCUGGGAGGUUUGUUUGGAGGUGGUGGUGGUGGUGGCGGUGGAAGGGGACCGCCACCACGCCCGGUUUACGGACCACCUCCGCCACGACCAAACUAUGGCCCGCCGCCAAGGCCCCAGUACGGUCCUCCUCCGCCACGCCCAGUUUACGGACCACCGGCACACGCACCACCUCCAGUCCAUAGAAAAUCUCCACCCGAAAAGAUGCCAGAAGUGUACACACUGACCGUGAAGAAGGUUCAGCGCUCGUCAAGACCGCGGCCUAAAUCCCGCCCGAGCCCAGCCUACGGACCUCCACCACGUCCAGUUUAUGGCCCACCUGCCCCAGCUCCGGCUCCAGUCUAUGGACCUCCUUCACGACCAGCUCCUCCACCAUCGCCAUCUUACGGACCUCCUGCCUACAACCCACCUCCGCCAAUCCACCACGCCCCGGCGCCUUCUCCAUCGUACGGACCUCCAGCCCAGGCCUACAACCCACCUGCUCCGGUCUUCCAGCAAGCGCCAGUGUUCCAACCCGCUCCACCCCGACCAGUCUAUCAAGCUCCCCAGGUCAUUCCGACCUACCCACCACCACCACCACCACCUCAACACCAUCACCAACCCCAACCCCACCAGGUGUACGGACCACCCCAGCAGCAGGCUCCGGUGUUCCACGCCCCAGCUCCCGCACCCGCUCCCUUCCCCGCCCAGGAAUACGGACCACCCCAGCACCACCAACAUCACGACGUCAUCCAGGUGGUGAACCCACCGACGCCCGAGUACCUCCCGCCCCAGAUCCAGCAGCUCCCCCUGCAGGACACCAACGUCAACUUCCACGGGGUCAGCUCGAGUGCGGUCGCGUCCGGAAGCAUCGGCGGCGGUCACGGCGGCGGCGGUGACGGCGGUUACCACUACGACAUCGGACACGGUUCCGGCCAUUUCUAAACUGAACUGAACUGAACUCCUUUUCAACCCAAUCCGAACCCAACUGUCACCCUCCUUUUUCCACCGAGAGAACAAUAACACGUAUCCAUGGUAACGCACACUCUCUCAAACUCACGCGAAGGGAGGGAGAGAGUGCUCACCCCUCACACACACUAAGCUAGGAUUGUGCAAUACCAAAAAAACAAAGCCCAUUUUCUUUUUUCUCUUUACAAUCUUAAAAAAAAAACAACUUCCCAUCGAAUUGUUGUUUUGACAAUGAUUUCCGUUAGGUUUUAGGUUGAGAAAACAAAAAACAGUACGCGGAAGGUGUCGAAUCUCUUGCUAGUCACACACGACGGAUUCUUACCAACAUUUUACCCUGCCUGCUCGAAAAAAAAACCGUUUUCAAUUUUCUCCGGCGAGGCCAGUGACUACCCAGAGGAAAAUCUUAGUUCAAAACAAUGUUAAGUAUAAGCUUUAAAACACACAAUUACACAUCAAACAAACAAAACUCGUAAACAAACGCCGCCGAACGGCGAAUCGUGGCCAGAUUCUUAAAAAGUAAACAAAAAAAAAAACCUGUAUUUUUAUUGCUCAAAUCACGAAACGAAAACACAACAACAAAACAACACUGCUAUUAGUUAAUUUAUGUACUUGUAAAUUAAUGUUAGGAACACGUUUUAUAAUAGCAGGUCACGCAUAAACAGAGCGAAUGAAAGAAAGAAACAAAAAAAAUGAUGGUGCAGUAGAGAA